AGUAGAUUCAUAUCAUUCGUUCACUCGAUUACCACAAACACAGUCUUCUAAGGAAUCGAUUACUGCUAGUCAGCUAAAACUUUUAUAUCCUCAACGGUAUACUUCAUCGCCUGGAAUAAACGAGGAGUUAACAGAAAGUUCAAUUCCUGUGACUACAUGUGAUACUUCAACAAAUAUAUCAAAUAUAUGGCCACAGCCAAUGAACAGUAUUCAAUAUUCAUCAAAUUUUUUAUCUUCAUAUCCUACAAGUAUGGCAGCAAUGGCUGCAGCUGCUUCAUGUUAUCCUCUACCGUAUGGUUCUACCCACCCGCCAUCUUUAUCCCCUGCUGCAACAACGAAUACAGCUCAACUUUAUCGUUAUUUAAAUGAUAAACAGUUAACCAAUAAUAAUAAUAGUAGUAUGAAUAACGCUCAUCAUAAUUUAUAUCAUCAAACGCUGGGACGAAUUAAACAACAAUCGAAUUAUACAACAUCAACACCAAUUUCACCUCCGAUCAAUAAUACAAAUAAUCAUACAUCAGAGGAAGAGGGGGAGGAGAAUUUUCUAAUGCCGCCAUAUUCUGUCAAUUCAGCGAUAUGCGGUGGCUUGUAUAAUAUGCCCCAAAACCUAAUCAAUAAUCGUUUAUCAACUAGUCAACAGAUUGCCUCAACAACGCUGACAUCUAUACCAACUUGUGAGACAAGAAGAAAUCCAUCUAAUAAUGGUGAACUGUAUUAUUGUCAAUGGGUAGAUCCAGUGCCUACUGUACCAGGUUCAUUGCCAAAACCAUGUUCAAGAGUAUUUGAUUCUGUUACAGAAAUAGUUAAUCAUAUCACAUUGGAACAUGUUGGCGGGCCGGAACAAUUAGAUCAUACAUGUUAUUGGAAAGAUUGUGUACGAGAAGGGAAACCAUUUAAAGCAAAGUAUAAACUAGUGAAUCAUAUACGUGUACACACCGGUGAGAAACCUUUCCCAUGUCCAUUCACUGGAUGUAUGAAAGUAUUUGCACGGAGUGAAAAUUUAAAAAUUCAUAAAAGGACACAUACUGGUGAAAAACCAUUUGUCUGUGAAUUUGAAGGAUGUGAUCGUCGUUUCGCCAAUAGUUCAGAUCGUAAAAAGCAUAUGCAUGUCCACAUGAAUGAUAAACCAUAUUUCUGUCGAUUUAAAGGUUGUGAUAAAAGUUAUACACAUCCUAGUUCACUGCGUAAACAUUUACGUGUACAUUAUUUAUCACCGAAUGAAGCAUUGAAUCCAGCCGAUUUUGAUACACAUUCAAAUUCAAGUGAUACAAUGAUUACUAACACUAAUAAUCAUAUUAACAAUAAUAAUAAUAAUAGCGUGAAUCAAUUGAACACGAAUGAAACACGGACUUGUCAUUCACUAACAAAUAAUAUCAAGUUGACAACAAAUUCUACAGAUUUUAUAAAACGUGAUUUAAAUCAUUCUACUAGAAAUACUGAUAAUUAUUAUCCUAUAAUGAAUAGACAAAGUGAAGAUCAUAAACAUACUACUAAUAAUAAUACUUCAGUUAGUAUAAACAAUACUAUAAGUAGUAUAAAUAUUAUAAAUAAAAUAAAGAAGAAGAGUAGAGAAAGCCCACUAGAAGCAUCAGAUCAUUCAUCAUUUCGUAAAUCAUCCUGUAGAAAACGUCAUUAUUCUUCAAGAAAUGAAUAUAAUGCUGAUAAUUUCCCAAAUUUUAAUACUACUACUGAUAUACAUAAUAGUAGUAGUAGUGUUAAUGUAAGAUCAUCUACUUCACAAGAUUUUAUAUCACAAUUAGCUGCUGUUGUAUGUGGUCCAGCUGAUCGAGAAUUUAAACUUCAGCGUAAUAAUCAGAUGUUUAAUGAUUUCCAGCAAACAAUACAGCAGCAACAGCAGCAACAACAACAACAAUCUGAACACCCUUCAUCACAGUUCAGAAAUGAACAAAAUAUAUGGGAACAUUUAGUAAAUGAAAUGCCUGAUCUCCAUAGUAACAAUAAUAAUAAUAAUAAUGGUGAUAAUUAUAAGAAAUCAUUGUCUACCUCAGCUUAUUUAACAUCUAGUUAUGCAAAUGAACCAUACUCACCAAUUUCUCGUGCAUAUUCCUCACUCAAUUUCGGAGCUGCAUUGCCAACUAUCCAACAGAUGACACCGCCUUCACCGAUCACAAUAUCAGACAACAAUGCACAACAAAGUUUAGAUAAUUUAAAAGUGAAAGCAGAUUCGUUACAAUUAAAUCGACCAUUUGAACUACACAAUGUAAUCAAUAAUAAUAAUAACAGCUCAUAUCUUAAUGAACAGUCUCAACAGGAGCACCAACCAACGCAUAGUCUACAUCAAUCAGCUCAACGUCAAAUGAACGAGUAUACACAAAACUUGUUUCAAGCAAAUGAUUUCCUCAUAGAAUCUCAAAAAACUUUUGAUAUGACAAGAAAUGCCUAUCAUAACAAUAAUAAUAAUAACAAUCAGCAUAGAGAACAAGUGAAUUCCCUUUCACCGACUACACAACUUUAUCAUUCCGAUAGUCACCCCGCUGCUUCACAUCCAAAUUUUCAACAUCAAGUGAUCAACUCCUCUCCAAAGUUGUAUGAUAAUUUAUAUCCGUUAGACACAAGUUUUUUGUAUACAUGCAACAAUAAUUCCCAGUUGUUACAACAUCAACAACAGAGACAACAACAACCUCAAGAAGAACACCAACAACCUCAACAAUUGAUCCAAGGACUGUUGUUAAGUCACCACCAGCAACAGCAGCAACAACAACACUCAGGAUAUUCAGAGACUAGUCAUCAAUCGAAUUCCACUGAUUCUGAUUUAGAAAGUGCUAGUAUAUUGUUCAGGAAUAAUAGCUCAUUUGUUAAUAUGACCACCAGUUGUGUAACACAAUUGUCCACAAAUGUAAAUACACUUCCUACACUGACUACUACAUGUACAACAAUGAGUACAAUAACAACACCAAUGACGACGACAACAACAGAUUGUCAAUUAUACUCACCGUGUAAAAAUUCACUAACAGACAGUCACAAUCAUGUUAAAUUCAAACAAGAACAAAUAGAAAUCAAAAAGUAG